GUCUGUGCUCUUUCCAUUUAAAAUUAGAGGCAACCACUGCAUUUUAAUCAUGAUCCAAACAAAGAUGCUGCAUACAUGCAGCAGGAGCAGUUUUUAACCUAAAUUAGACUGUAUAAUUUCGAAAUUUGAAGCAAAAACAGAAUGGUAUGACUUCAGUUUUGUGAAAUUAUACAUAGAAACAGCAGACGAGCUGAAUGAGACGCAGAUUCACUCUCUGCCAGCAGGUGGCGCUUUAAGCGUUUCCUUGGUUUCCGCUGUAAACAAAGCAGCGCUGCACUUAUGAACUUUAAUAUGCAUUAUACAGAGGCAAGAUGAGAAGAAAAAUACCAUCUAAACUUUUCUAAAGACAGCCUCAUGUUUGUGUGGCUCCGCUCCAUGUCUCCUCUGUGGCUGUUGUCCUUCUUCCAAUAACUCCACCGUCACCCGGCUGCUCUACUCUUUCUUCCUCCUCCUGGGGACACUGGUGUCUAUAAUCAUGAUCUUGCCUGGCAUGGAGACGCAGCUCCGCAAGAUUCCUGGCUUUUGUCAAGGAGGAACCGCAAUACCAGGAAUCGAGAACCAUGUUAACUGCGACGUGAUUGUAGGCUACAAAUCAGUGUACCGCAUGUGCUUUGCUAUGGCAUGCUUCUUUUUCCUGUUUUCAGCAAUCAUGAUUCGUGUAAAGAGCAGCAAAGACCCUCGUGCUGCUAUUCAGAACGGGUUCUGGUUCUUCAAGUUUCUGAUACUUGUUGGCAUCACCGUCGGAGCCUUUUUCAUCCCAGAUGGAACAUUUCAUGAUGUUUGGUUCUACUUUGGUAUUGUGGGCUCCUUCAUGUUCAUCCUGAUCCAGCUCAUCCUCCUGAUCGACUUUGCCCACUCCUGGAAUGAGGUGUGGGUGAGGAAUGCUGAGGAAGGCAACAGCAAGUGUUGGUUCUCAGGUUUGUUGUUCUUCACUGUCCUGCAUUACGCCCUGGCCUUUGCUGCAGUCGUGCUGUUUUAUCUCUACUACACCAAACCCGACAACUGUGCCGAACACAAGUUCUUCAUCAGCUUCAACCUUAUUCUCUGCGUCAUCAUAUCUGUCGUUUCUGUUCUACCAAAAGUGCAGGAUGCUUCACCUCAAUCUGGUCUGCUUCAGUCCUCUAUUAUAACUCUGUACACUAUGUACGUCACCUGGUCAGCCAUGACCAACAAUCCUAAUCGUGAAUGUAACCCUAGUUUGCUCAGCCUGGUGUCCAAUAUCAGCACAACUGAGGCCAUGCCUACAAGCUCCCCUGGCAUGGUGCAGUGGUGGGAUGCUCAAGGCAUUGUGGGAUUGGUCAUCUUCCUCUUCUGCACCUUUUAUGCUAGCAUCCGUUCAUCCAGUAAUGCUCAGGUGAACAGGCUGAUGCAGACAGAGGAAGGGAAGGGCUCCAUGGGAGGGGAGGAGGUGGGCGAAGACGGAUUGCGGCGUGUCGUGGAUAAUGAAGAGGACGGCGUCACAUACAACUAUUCCUUUUUCCACUUCCACCUUUUACUGGCCUCUCUCUACAUUAUGAUGACACUCACUAACUGGUACAAACCUGAUAUAACCACUCAGGCCAUGCAGAGCAGUAUGCCUGCAGUGUGGGUGAAGAUCAGCUCCAGCUGGCUGGGUCUGGGGCUCUACCUGUGGACACUUGUGGCUCCUGUCGUUUUCCCCAGUCGAGACUUCAACUGAGCUUGAGUGGGUGAAACUCUCUCACCUAUUCAAGCUGGCCAUGUUUGUGCUAUGUUAGAAAUAUAACAAUCUCUAAAAACCAUUAAAUAGCCAAGACUGAAAGUGAUUCAAAUCUGAAACAGACAAUUGGUGACUAGUCUCAUAGGCCUGGUAGGUACUUACACAUAUAAAAAAAAAAAUGCAUGGACAACAACAAAAGUAUAGGAUGCCGUGACAAGUAUUUCAAAAACGACACUUAGGAUUACUGCUGUGCAGAAAGUUGCCAUUCACCAUUAGCACACCUGAAGCACACACAUUUAUUUAGAGCAAUAUAGCUUCACAAAAAUGUCAGUUUGACGUAAUGCUCAAGUGAACAUGAAAUUCCGUUUUGCUUUGAUUCCUCCGUCCUUUUAUCUCAUACUCACAUCCUUAAGAUUAAAGGAGCUAAAAUGCAAUUAAAGGCAAGGUGGAUGGACAAUUAAGGAAAUGAGAAGCACCCUUUUUGCUUAAUGAAUGAUUCACUGCUGUCUCAUUUCUUACACUGCCGUUCAAAUGUUUGGCAUCUGUAAGAUUUUUAAAAUGAAAGUAAUCUCUUAUGCUUCCCAAAGCUGCAUUUAUUUGGUCAAAAAUACAGUAAAACCGUAAUAUUGUGUAAAAUGAUUACAAUUUAAAAUAAAUGUUCUCUGUUUAUUAUAUAUUAAAAUAUCCUUUAUUUAGUGACAACAAAGCUGAAUUUUCAAAAUACUUUACUCCAGUUUUCAGUGUGCCAUGAUCCUUCAGAAAUCAUUCUAAUAUCCUUUUUUUGCUCUCAAGAAACAUUUAUUAUUAUUAGCAAUAAUGAAAACAGUUGUGAUGCUCAAUAUUUUGGAAAAACAUUUAUUAAGAAUUUAUUUGAAAUAUAUUUAUUUCUGCCAUUUUGAUCAAUUUAAUGCAUCCCCUGCUUAAUGAAAGUGUUAUUUUAUGUGAAAAAAAAAAAUCUUACUGACCCCAAAUGUUUGAACAGCAGUGCACUUCUAGCAAAAGAGUCGCUGUGUCUCCACACUUGAAGGAUAAAUGAAUGAAACGAGUUAUAUAAACUAGUCGCUUCUACCGUGUUGUCGAUAUCCUGAAUAAUUCACAUCUCAUGGUCCUUAAAGGUUAUUUCGCUGUCAUUUCAAAUUCAGUAUGGCUGUUAAGUAUGUUUUAUAAAGUUAAUAUUGCUAGUUUAUCUUGUUUUUAACACUAACAGGUGCAAGCUACUCAAACCUAAGGCCACACAUUUCCAGUGCGACAAAUAAACACAAUAACUAUCCUACAGACCUACAGACCAUCAACGUAGUGGUCCUAGCCACGAAUUCAAAUAUGCAUGAUACUGCUGCUAGAAACCUAGUCUACCUGAAGAAGAAGCCUUUUUCUACAGUGAUAGCAUUUCAACUUCAGGGUUCAAUUCAUUGUACGAUAGACACUCUAUAAUAUACAAUUUCACUCGAUUUAGCACUUUUUUCUCAAGCAAUGGGGAGAGUGGGCCGUGGGCAGCCCAUGUGCGCUGAGGGGCUUAAACAGGGGGCCGUUUUCACUCCAUGUCCUCUGUAGAGCCCCUGGAACUUGUGCAUCCAGUAGAUAAGCCCAAUCCGACACACCCUUUCCCCCGUACAGCUCACUACACUACACGCUGACCGGGGUCUACCGCACUGCCAUGAACAACAGACUGUGCUGUAAUAUUAAUGGAUAUUAAUGUAUUAUGGUGCUGUCAGUCCAUCAGAGGCACAUGUUAGCAUAUCUAGCUUGUUGUUUGGCAGAAUAGUUUGGUGUGGCAAUAGAUAAUUUAGUGUGAAAUAAUGCGUUUAGAUAGCACUUACAUAUAAAUUAACAGUUCAGGGCUGGUUAAUAUGUUAAAAUUUAUAUAUUUAAUCAGUAAAUGUUUCUGAAAACUGAAUGUUAAUCCUUCCACCUGUGACACUUUGUAUACUUUUAGUUUUUUUUUUUUUAUUACUUUUUUUUGUUAUUCAUUUGGAAGCACAUGCUUACAAGUAAGCAUCUUAUGUAAAAUGACAUAAGAAAAUGUUCUAAAAGUGACCAUACAUUUAGUUUACAUUUAUGUAAAAUUGCUAAAAAGCUGUGUUAUGAAAGCAAAAUAUGAAGUUGGCAAAUUUCAUAACUCUAUGUAUUGUAGGUGUGUCGAAGAAACUGAUUGUGAAGUAUGUACUGUGUAUAUAUAUAUAUAUAUAUAUGUAAAGUAUAUUUGAACUUUUCCCAAAGUAGUUUGACAUAAGCAUGACGGUUCAUCUGUGGUCUAUUAUUAGGAGCAACAUGCAAGAUUAGUAAUUCUUCAUGUGCCUUUCUUCGAUUAACUUCUUAUCAAAAGCGUCCAGGUUUAUUUCAGACCUAUGGAAAAAGUGCCUUUGCUGUUUUAUAACAUUUCAUUUUUCAUACCAUGGACAAUGUUGCUCUUUUAGUUGUUUCUGUAGAAGUAGUUUUUCAGUGAUCUGGUGCUGUUCAAUCUGUGCUAAUGCUGUAUAUAUUUCAAUAAACUCGUGUAAACUC